GAUAAGACGGAUAAAUAAAAUAAGCUCAAGCUAUACAUCCCUCUAACGUAUUUAUAGUUUACGUCGCGACGGAAGUAAGUGAUCAAGAUGUCUACCAAGAGUGAUCAAAAAAUUUCAGAGGGAUUGUCUCAUCUUCGACUUGCUGAAAAAUAUUUGAAAACUUCGCUGUUUAAAUGGAAGCCUGACCAAGACAGUGCUGCAGCAGAAUAUUUGAAAGCUGCCACAGCAUUUAAGAAUGCCAAAGCCUUGGAACAAGCUAAAGAAUCCUUUAUCAAAGUUGGAGAGCUACAGAAAGCUAUGAAUUCACCGUUUCAUGCUGCCAAGGCUUAUGAGCAGGCUGGUCUGUUGUGUAAGGAAAACAAACAUUUUGACGAAGCAGUGCAUUGGAUGGAGUUAGCUGCCCUUAUGUUUCAAGAACACGGCACACCAGACACUGCUGCUCUUUGUCUUGACAAAGCUGCAAAGAUGGUGGAGCAAGAAAAGCCAGAGAAAGCCAUUUAUUUAUACAGCAAGGCUUGUGAAGUAGCUGAGAUUGAGAGUCGACCCCGGCAGUGUGCUGAAUAUAUUGGUAAAGCUGCACGGCUGCAAGUAAAAUGUUUCAAGCAUGAAGAGGCCAUCAAGUCCCUACAGCAAGAAAUCAAAUUCUGGCUAGAGGCCGAAAAUUACCCAUACAUCAAGAAAGUAGCAAUGGGAAUUAUAUUGUUGCACUUGACACAGGAAGACUAUGUCGCAGCGGACCAGUUCUUUAGGAAUUGUUUGGGGUAUCCAGAGUUUGGGGCCAGUGAAGAGGCUGGUGCUUUAGAAGAUUUAUUGAGAGCCUAUGAUGACGGGGAUGAAGAAGCUGGUCAGCAAGUGUUGGCGAAACCAAUCUUUAAAUACCUGGACAAUAUGUUUGCCAGGCUAGCCAGAGAUCUCAAGUUUCCUGGUGGUAUCACCUCAUCCAGGUCCGCUGCCACGACUAGUACCUACAGCCAACAGGAGGACUGGGAGGAGAACAACAAAGACAGAGAGGAGGAUGAGGAUAAAAAUGAGUUCAUCAAGGGAGAGGACGAUGAGGAGGAGCCAUCUGAAGAUUUAUGUUGAGAGCAUGCAUCUCAUUGUCUUCAAAAAAAAUAAGGUCCCUGUCAGGCUUUAUCUCAGUUAAACAUCAACAACCUUUUGUACAAUGGUCCAUGGUCAGUCUUUUACACUUCGAUGUAAAGGCAACAAAAUAUGUUCACAUUAAGUUGUAAAAAAAUUUUUUUUUUUCAAUGCUAAAUUCUGUUGUUUUUAUGGUUUUCAAUUGUGAUAUUUUUUACAAGCAGUGAUACCAAUAUUACCUUAGUGAAUGAAAUAUUGUUUAUAGAUGGAUUGUAUUAUUGUGUGUAUGAUUAAGCCAAAGAUUAUCAGGCCCUUUGUAGAAAAAAAAAAGGAAAUAAAAAUUAAGCCCAGCAAGUUCAAUUAAAAAAAAAAAUGUCUUCAUAAAAGCUUUAAAUUUGGCUUUGAUGUGUUGAGCUGGGCUCCAUUAUAUUAUUCAGUUGACUUGGCGCUAUAUGAUACAUUUGUUUGCUCCAGUGACUGGCUGUUUUUGUGUGCAUUGAGUAAGUGUAUUAAGUAUGAUUUUGUCAAUGUGCAGGCCACACCAAACUUUUGAUGUUUUAGAGGAAACUGCCUCUGAUGAUUGUUUUGUGCUUCCUUUUCAUUCUACUUGUAGGGAAAAAAAAACAACCUCUAUAGUCACUAUAUAGUAUUGUGACUUGAAAUGUACAGUAACUCCUUUCCACUUUGCUGUUGAUUUCCUUGGGUUUCUUUGUCAAUAAUAUAAACAAAUAUAUGAUACUAGUAAUUUAUUUUCUCUUAUUAUGGUUAAUAUGUUCAGUCAAUAUGAAUUUUUAUGGGCUCUUUAUUUGAAUAUAAAUAUUUUAUGUUGUUACAUGAUUGAAUUUUGAAAGGCCAUGGACAGAUUUUUUUUAUGUUCUAAGCUGUAACUUUUAGAAAUUCAAUUAAAACAAAGUUUGAAAGAGAUUAAUGUGGUCAACAAGGGAUGACUAUAAUUUUAGUCUGCCAGAAAAUUUCGGCAUAUUUCCUCAGAAUUAUCAAUCUUUAAGAAUUAUUUAACAAAUACAAAUCCAUUGUAUCUCAGGUGUUUACAGUUGUUUUUCUUGAAUAUAUAUAACGCAUUUAAUUUUAAUUGUUGUCUUUAAAAUUGAACAGCCAAAGCUAAUACUAGACACAUAGAUGCUUACCAUUGUAGUCUUUUAGAAACUAAAAUAGUAUUGCAUUUUUAAAGUCUCAAAUAUUAAUGACCCAGCUUUUUUUGUCCAGCAUAGUAAGUCAUGAAUCUAAGAAUUAAUCAAAUGAUUUGUUUUAAGAGCACACAAAUGUGAAGUAUCUUUUUACAUUAUCAUUAACAAAAAUUCAUUCUACUUAAAUACAGAAUCUUGGCUAGUAGUUGUUUAUACAUUCUUCCUUGUAAAGCAACCAUCAUUCACACAUGUGUCUCUCUGAUUUAUCUUAAUGUUGCCAUUGGAAUACUUAGUCAAUCUUAGUAAAUAAAUUGAUAUUCUCACAGACCAGAACAGUAUCUUAUAAAUUUUCUAUAAAAUGCCAAAGUAGGGGACAGUUGGAAAGACAAGUCCAGUUCUAAAAACUUCGUAACUAGAAAAGUUUGAAAUCCCAACACGCCAGUAGUUGUAGUUUCAGCAUUAGAGGAUCUAGAGACUAGACUGCUGAGCCUUCAUGCUUGUUGUACACAAUUGGGUUGACUAGACUAGUAGUGUUUUCAAUGUGACUUGAUGUUUCAAAUAUUAAUACAUCAGAUUUGACGUAUACACAUUUUGUUUGUGUCUAUAAAAUACUAUGUUGAUAUAUAUUUUUUUUUCUUUAGCCUCUUGGGAAUUAAUUUUUGAAAAACUCUAGCUCAGUGUACAAAACAUUGUACAAAGUUAUGAACUUUUUCUUCUUUUCUCUUUUGUUAUCUCUGUAAACAGUCGUAAGAUCCGCACACAUUCGAAAUAGUGACAGUGUGUCCUUUUACACCAAGUUCAUUAAAAAUACAUCCCAGAAACACAAUGGUGGUAUCAUUCUGCGGUAUGUCCUACUGAUUGCUGUCACUGAGAUUUAUUGCUCAAACCAUGCUAGCUUAGUGUAUUUCCUGUGGAUUAUUUGAACUAUGGACCAUAAUUUUUUUAGAAAGAAUGCUUUAAUUCAACUACAAUUAAAUAAGAGAUUUUUUUUUUCUAAUUCACCAACUCAAUAGAUAUUAAGUUCUGGAAAGAAGACUUUUUGAGUUAAACUUUGUUUUUAUGAACAUACCUCAAGCUUACACUUUGGUUUGUAUAAUAAUAAUAAUUUACAGACUUAGAUUUGAUUAGUGACUUGAUAUCAGUGUAUAUAGCUAGAACAUUGUUGUUCAAUGUCCUCAUUUGGUUCUCUACUUAGACCCACACAUCCUUGUCUUACUGGACAAACUGUAAUGGGGCACUUUUUAAGUCUGCGAUUGCCAUAAUUUGACUCAAGUAUUUAAAAAAGGAAUGUCUCAACUCUCAUAGUUGAGAAAUGCUGAUGUUCUGUGCAAUAAUUAUGAUUCUUAUGUUAUUGUAAAUUUUUCUUUUGACACUGACUAAAUAAAAAGAAGCAUUUUAAGAGGCUGAAAAUUGUGUUGACAUCAGCUGAGAGAGGAAUGUCUUCUAGAGGUAGUGACAAGUUUAAAGAAAAUUAAAGUUUCUUCUUUUUUCCAUAUUUGUAUCUGUUGUACAUUUUUACUCUAAGAUUUUUUUUGUUUUUGCUGUAGAUCAAGUUGAUGGAUACUUUUCUAAAGCCUAUCACAUUUCUGUUUGUGAUAUUUGAAAGUGUUUAGAUAGACAUUUUACUCUGAAUAUAUUGUGCCACUGUGUCCCUCAAGCUAUUGCUCUCAAUAUUUCUGCUACUGGUCAAGUAUUGUAGCAUUCAGCUCAGUUUUCUUAUUCUGACAUUCCCGUUAUCAAUGGUGUCAUUACAAUAUGUCAAUGUCAAUGUGAAAUCAAUAAAACAUUUCACUGAAACAUA